AUGAUAGCAGUGGACUCGGAGUGGAUUAGAUCGAACAUCAAGAUGUUUGCGAAGCGAAGGGUCGUGGUUAUUACCGGAGCCGGGAUAUCUGUCUCGAGCGGAAUACCUGACUUCAGGUCGAAGUCGGGGCUUUUUAACGACAUUAAAAAGGAUCUUGGAGUCAGUGGCAAUGACCUGUUCACAUACAGCCUGUCCAUGUCGAAGGAGCUGAGGAAGGGGUAUCUAAGGUACAUAAGCAAGCUCAAAAACAUGGUGGACAAGGCCCAGCCAUCAGCUACACACGAGUUUCUUUCCCUCUAUUCCGACAUUUCUAGGAGGUUCCGGAUUUAUACCCAGAACAUCGACGGACUUGAGGAGAAGGCCGGGCUAGCGGCCACGAAGGACAGAUCGACCAGGUUAGUUUAUCUUCACGGAAACAUGAAGAGUCUGGGGUGCCUGUACUGCGGGUACAAGAUAGAGUUUGGUGAUGCAGAGAGAGAUGCGUAUGGAAGAGGAGAGGAAAUAGUGUGCGCCGGGUGUGUAAGGCGCAACGAGAAAAGGGGAAGGGACGUGAGAAAAAGGCCUGUUGGAGUGUUUCACACGACAAUAAUACACUACAACCAGUCGCAUCCUGACUCGUCUUUCAUUUCAAAGAUGGCAGAGCACGAUAACACCUGCGACCUGUUUAUUGUUAUGGGAACCAGCCUCAAGGUUUUUGGGGUGAGAAGACUGGUUAAGUACUUUUGCAGGCUUAACAGCACAAGGGGAAGGAGGAUACUGGUGAACCUCGACAGGCCCUCGAAGGAGUUCGGCGAGCUCUUUGAUUUUUUCUGGAAUGGAGACUGCGAUGAGUUCUGUAGGGUUCUUAAAGACGGGCUGGGGCUGAGGUCGGUGGCAGACAGUGUCCGGAGACUCUCGAUAACAAAGAAAGAGGACUCUGAUAAGGCACAAGUGCAUACAAAGGAGAAACCUGUCAGCCGAAACAGCGCAAAGACUAAGAGAAAAGUCAUAGAAAAGGAAGUUCAAGAACGUAUAGACUUGUUAAUGGAACUAUCGAAAAAGGGAGAUAACAGCAAGGCCGCAAAGGAGGGCAACUAA